UCCCAGCUCAGACAUACAGGAGUAGUCUUGUAACGGAAUGGCUUGCAACCUCUAGGAUUUCCCCCACAACUAGCGACUAGGAUCUAACUCUAUACCUAAAAAAAGGAUUCAUAUGACAUCAUUCCAGGAUGUGGAUUCAUUUAGCCUUCCAUUGACACAGAACCUUGCUUUCAGAACCCUUAGAAGGUCCAUGCGUGUUCCUUUCAUCUUGAAGCUCUCUCCCUCUCCAGAAUGAGUGUGUGUGCCGACGUCCCCUCAUACCUGCGGCGGUGGCUGCUGACUGCUGUGUUUAUCUUGGCCACUCUGCUACCAGGAACCAGUGGCUGCCCCAAAUCGUGCGCGUGCUACGUUCCCACCGAAGUGCACUGUACCUUCAGAUAUCUGACCGCAAUACCAGGCCAGAUCCAGACGGCUGUGGAAAGAAUUAACCUAGGGUAUAACAGUAUAACCGUAUUGAGGGAGAAUGAUCUGUCUGGGUUGAAACACCUGGAGCUGCUGAUGCUCCACAGCAACACCAUCCACAGCAUCGCUGACAGGGCCUUUCAAGACCUCAAGUCCUUACAGGUCCUGAAGAUGAGCUACAACAGAGUGAAGGAGAUCAACAAGGACAUCUUCCAAGGCCUGGAGGGACUGUUACGACUCCACAUGGACCACAACCGCAUCGAAUUCAUCAACCCGGAGGCGUUCUACGGUCUCACCAUGUUACAGCUGGUCCACCUGGAGGGCAACCUGCUCCAGCAGCUCCACCCGGAUACCUUCAUCACGCUGAGGCACAGCCAAGUGUUCAAGGUGUCCUCCGUCAGGAACAUCCACCUGUCUGAUAACCUCCUCGCCAGCUUACCCAAAGACGUCUUCACUGGCUGCUCUCAGCUGGAGAAUGUCUAUCUCCACGGCAACCCCUGGUCCUGCGACUGUCGCAUGGCUUGGUUCCCAGAGUGGGCGGAGAGAAAUGCAGCUGUGCUGAAAUGUAAGCGAGACAGAAAGUUUGCCAGAGGUCAGGCCUGCCCCAUCUGUGAGACCCCCGCUCCCUCUAGAGGCAAGAGCCUAACCCAGCUUCCCCGUGAUGCCUUCACCUGUACCAAGCCCUGGAUCCACCCCCAUCUGAAGCAGAGGAACAUCAGCCUGGACGAGGGGGAUUACACCCCUGUCUCCCCCCGGGACUUCAUAGCUCCCAUUGGAUCUCUGCAGAUGAAUCUGACAGCUCAGUUCCACAAUGACGCUAGCCUUACCUGCACAGUCCAGAGACCAUCAGCCAUGGAGAACCUGACUCUAACCCAGGUUGAGGAGGGGGAGAAGAACGUGACAAUGCUCUCCACCACCAUCUCUACAUGGCUGGUUUGUAAUAUUGACUAUGAGCACAUCCAACAGCUCUGGCGCAUCCUGGCUACGUACAGUGACGUUCCCAUGAGGCUAGAGAGAGGGUUGAUGCUCUCCAGGACCCCAGACAUGAUCUACAAGUACAGCCAGAUCAGACCAAAGGAGGGACAUGAUGAAAUCCACACAGACAUUGAGGCUGAGAUUAAGGCUUCACCUGCGUGGUUGAUGCAAGGAGAGGUCAACUUUCAGCUGGACCGCACUACAACCACAUUCUCCACCUUGCACAUUAAGUACAGGUCAGUGGUCAACCUGCGUGUGGAGAACAAGGUGUCACAGAGGAGGGACCGUUACAGCUGGACCAUCAUCAAACGAGACAACCAGACCCAGACUGAGCACUCUGUCCUCAUAGGUGGGGUGGUGGAGCUCAACUGCAAAACCUUUGGGGAACCAAAACCCUCUGUAGAGUGGAUCUUAUCGGACGGCAGUAAGGUGCGGGCACCCUACUCCAGCGAAGACCGCAGGAUAGUGAUCACCGCUGAUGGCAGGCUGACCCUGAGAGGAACAGACACCUCAGACACUGGGCUUUACCGCUGCAUCACCACUAACUACCUGGACGCAGACGUGCUCAGCUUCCGGGUCACCGUGCUGUCUCCCGAUGUGGAGGAGGAGGAGGUCAACGGGGUCAAGCUCUCACGGCCUCUGGGCCAGAGCCUGGUUCUAGACUGUGGGUCCACAGGCAACCCUGAUGCCUCGGUCCAGUGGAUUCUACCUGACCACACAGUGCUGGAUAAAUCCUAUGGGAACAGGAAGCUCUAUAGGAAUGGGACUCUAGGAAUAAAAGAUCUGACCUCCAGAGACCGGGGAUUUUACAGGUGUCUCAAUGCUAACUACCUGGGGGUGGACCUGUUGACGUCCCAAGUGACAGUCACUGGGGAGGGGUCCAGGAAGGUGACAGUGGUGGAUAGAGAGGGGUCAGGGGCGGAGGCUUUGGUUGAGGUUGACGGGGCCAUAGAGGAGAGGGAGGAUUCCCACAGUGAGGUCCCUUCCUCCAGCCCCUCUGACAGAACUAUCCAGGAGUCCAGGACCAUCACAUCAGACAGGCCCUACCCCAGACUCAGGUCUUCCUCUCAGGGCAGAGGAUCAGUGGGCUCUUGGGGGAGAAGGAGGAGCCCAGCCAGCAGCAGACGCAUAUGGAGCAACAGGAGGGUAUUUGAUCAAGCCUCCAGGAAAGUAGACCUCCAGAGAUUUGCAGAGUUCAUGAAGAAGGCCCAAGGUGGUUCAACAACAAAGACAAAGAGUGCGAAAGAAAAAGGAGAUUCAGAGGCUGACAUGUCUGGGGACCGGGAUGCUGGAUCUGGGGAGGGUCUGUCUCAUGAAGACGGACUCAUUGUUUUACCAAGCAGCGUCAUGCCAACCACAGAUUCUCCAGAUGAAAGUAUGAUGGGUGUAACUGCAAGCAUAGAGAAUUUAAACAAUCAGAAUAAUGUCAUGGCAACCACCGACAACAGUGAAACCAGUGUCAUGAGGACCAUGGAGAUCCCAGAUGACAGUCGGACUAGUUUCACUGUAACAACAGAAAAUACUGACAGAGUGACAACAGUGACGACAGAUUCAUACACCCGGUCAGACGCCACACCCAUCGAGUCCACAUUCACCCACAGCAGCCACAGCACAGGAAGUAUCAAUGAAACUCAGGGUGAGGCCGUCUUUCAAUACAGCCCCAGAAUUAGUGGGUCUAGUGGUGAGUCAUACUCUUUGGAGAGGAACACGACAGUACCUCUGAGACAACCCGUCACGCUACUCCUCGCCGUGACCAACACCACAGACGAGACACAGAUCCUGUUCUCCAGAGAAACACCUGCAGAACCAGAUAGCGCCGCCCCGGUGGAGGUAUCGCUCCUCACCGACCCCAAUGUCACCCCCAUGAUGGACAGUCCCAGAUCACCCAACAGAGAGCCUGAGAUCCACACAGCCACUGACCCAGACAGCCAGACCACCUUCACCGCAGUCACCACCACAGAGAGAGAGCAGGAUGAGAUCACCUUCCACACCACCCAGAGGAUCAAGUCCCCCCGUCUGCCUGCAGGCUCCACCAUCAUCUCCCGCCAACAGAUCCAUAUCAUCCCUCCUAUGAAGGGCAGAGGAGGAGGAGGAAGAGGAGGGGGCCGGAGGAGGAACUUCCCUGGCAGGAGGAGGUUCAUCAAGCCCAACCGGAUCACAGACAUCCAGUCCAUCCUGAACAAACUCAAACAGCCUAACAUUGUGAAGAAGCAAGGCAGCAGCACAGUACCCAACACUAUGGAGCUGACCACGGACUGUGACUGUGAUGAAGAUGAGAAGAAGAUAGGUGGUCAGCGGGUCGUCACACCAACAACAUCUCCUAAAACUCCCAACGUCCCUUGCUCCUCUCUAGGAAGAACAGAGAGACCGACCACCACAUACUCAACAGAAUCCCCCACCACAACCACCCAGCCCACCUCCACUCACUCUCAGUCCCCCACCACCACCCAGCCCACCUCCACUCACUCUCAGUCCCCCACCACCACCCAGCCCACCUCCACUCACUCUCAGUCCCCCUCCACCACCCAGCCCACUUCCUCUCACUCUCAGUCCAGAGGUGAGGUAUCCAGCAGCUACAUGACCUCCACUAAUGCCCGAGAGUCUGACCCAACACACAACCCUAUGACGAGCACAACAGAUGAACCAACAACCUCCACCAUCACAACCACAAUUGCCUCCAAGAUCAUCUGGGGCAAGCUGUUUCUGAACAGGGACAGGCAGAGGGAAAUAGUCAACAGACUACAUAAACCAGCCAGGCCCUCAACCACCCCAGAGGGCUCAACAAUAGUCCAACCAACCACCACCACAACUACAACCACAAACGCACUUCCCACCCAGCGGUCUCUGGCUGAACCUGUGACAGAGUCACCGUCUAGAGCAGGUAAACACAGAGAGACCCCAGAAAUCUCAUCAGACGAUGACUAUGGAGAUUCAUUGCCUGACUCUGAGGCCUCGACCACACCUCAGCCUGGCACUAGCCGUGGAACUACAACCCCAGCCUGGCACUACAGAUACUCCCCCACCACAGAGUCUUCCCCAGACACCCAGACCAUCGCCUCCCCACCUGCCCCAAGAGAAGACACAGAUGAGGCCUCGUCCUCUGUGUCUGAAUCUGGAGGGUCAGCGGGGUACCUAUCCCGUAGAUUUGGGGGAAACCGGAGGCCAAAUGGAGGGUCAGGGGGGUACCUAUCCCGUAGAUUUGGGGGAAACCGGAGGCCAAAUGGAGGGUUAGGGGGCAGGAGGCCUUUCAGGGGCAGGAGGCCUCUAAAAAAAAACAUAACAACUACGGAAGCCCCCAGCACCACCAUAGAAUCAACAGAGCCUUCAACCACUAUGGAGACCACCAUGGAGACCACCACAUAUCCCACAGAAACCACCAUGGAAACCACCAUGGAGACCACCAUGGAGACCACCACAUAUCCCAUAGAAACCACCAUGGAGACCACCACAUAUCCCGUAGAAGCCACUAUGGAAACCACCAUGGAGACCACCACAUAUCCCACAGAAACCACCAUGGAGACCACCAUGGAGACAACCACAUAUCCCUUAGAAACCACCAUGGAGACCACCAUGGAGACCACCACAUCUCCCACAGAAACUACCAUGGAGACCACCAUGGAGACUACCACAUAUCCCAUAGAAACCACCAUGGAGACCACCAUGGAGACCACCAUGGAGACCACCAUGGAGACCACCACAUCUCCCACAGAAACCAGUAUGGAGACCACCAUGGAGACCACCACAUAUCCCACACAUACCGUCUCCGUCUCCAACCCCCUGUACAAGCCGUCCAGAGAAUCAGAUAGGUCUGCAGUGACUGUGUCCACUGACAUGACCACCGUGGGAGAAACCACCACAGAUUCCGACUCAUACGAUAAUGAGAACUGGACAGAUGAGAUGAAGUCCUCCACUAACCGUCCACGAGCCUACACUUCCACCACCAGGCCCAGAAUGACCUCUCCCACAACUUAUCCAACCACCACCUCAAGGCCUUACACUACAUCAUCAACGCGCGUCCAGACUAACAUAGACCCCAUCAGAGUGAACACUAACAUCAGGCUCCCGUCAGGGAGAGACAGCCGUUACCAAAUCACACAGAGACCCAUGAUCAGGAGAACCAGGCCCAAGGUGUCCAGUAACAGGGCCAGCAGUGGCCCAGACAAGACCCUGACCUUUGACACACUGACUAUUCUGGAAGCAGAGCAGGGGCACGCCAAAGCCCCCUAUAGCAGCAGGGACAUAGACGAUGCCAUCUCCAACGCCUAUACCCACAUCACCAGCUAUGAUACGACAACGGCUAACAUUGUGGGCUUUGAGCGGUCCACCAAGGACAUGCUCACCAAGCCCAGGAUCGUGGGAGGCAACGCUGCCAGCUUCACUGUCCUGUCCAACUCAGACGCCUUCCUGCCCUGUGAGGCCGCGGGCAGUCCUGAACCCACCAUCAGCUGGAAACGCUUCUCUUCAAGCACUGGAAGCACAAUGACCAUCAACGGCAAGAUGAGCAAGUUUGAAGUGUUCCCGAACGGCACUCUAUCCAUCCAGAACGCAAACAUCAAAGACCGUGGUCAAUACCUCUGCCUGGCUGAGAAUGAUCAGGGGUCGGACAAGCUCCUGGUCACCCUGUCCGUAGUGGCCUACCCCUCACGCAUCCUGGAGCCCAAGGUACGGGAGAUCAAAUCCCACUCUGGGAAGACAGUGGAGAUGAAGUGCAAGGUGGAGGGCCGCCCCACCCCUCUGGUCUCCUGGAUCCUGGCCAACCGCACCCAAGUCAGGGGCCACAACUCGGGUUCCAGAGUGUCAGUGACCCCAGAGGGCACUCUGCUCAUCAAGCAGGUGUCUGUGUAUGACCGGGGCCACUACAAGUGCAUCGCCAGUAACCCAGCAGGAGCCGACACUGCAACUGUCAGACUGCAGGUGGUGGCAGCACCUCCUGGUAUCCUGGAGGCCAAACGACAGCAGGUCCAGACCGGUGUGGGUCAGAGCCUGUGGUUACCCUGUACCGCUCAGGGCAGCCCGCAGCCCACCGUGCACUGGGUCCUCUAUGAUGGAACGGCAGUGCGGCCCCUGAAGCCCUCUGUGGACCCCAGGGUGUCUGUGUCCACUAACGGGACGCUCCACCUGACCAAUACGGCCGCCACGGACAGUGGGAAGUACGAGUGCAUCGUCACCAGCUCUACAGGGUCGGAGCGCAGGGUGGUGACGCUGACUGUGGAGAAGAAGAAGGAGAUGGCUCCUGAGAUCGUGGAGGCGUCACACCGCAGGACAGAGCUGGCGUAUGGGGACCAGCUGAGGCUGAACUGUUCGGCCACCGGGGACCCCAAACCCAGGAUCAUCUGGAGACUACCGUCCAAGGCUGUGGUGGACCAGUGGCACAGGAUGGGAAACCGAAUCCAGGUCCUGGACAACGGCACCUUGGUCAUGGACUCUGUGAGUGACAAGGAUGCCGGGGACUACCUGUGUGUGGCGCGCAGCAAGGUGGGAGACGACCUCCAGCUCAUGAAGGUCACUGUGUCCAUGAAGCCAGCCAAGAUCGAGCCCAAGAUGUACGGCAAGAAGCAGGUCCCCUACGGCAACGACCUGAAGGUGGACUGUAAGGCAUCUGGAACCCCGGAGCCAGAGAUCUCCUGGGGCCUGCCGGACGGCACCAUGGUCAACAGCGCCCUGCAGUCAGACAGCAGCAGUGGAGGGGGACGCGUACGGCGAUACAUCCUGUUUGAAAAUGGCACACUCUAUCUUAAUCAGGUGGGCAUGGCGGAAGAGGGAGACUACACAUGCUACGCCGAGAACCAGCUGGGCAAGGACGAGAUGCACGUCCACAUCACCGUGGUGACGGCAGCGCCACGGAUACGUACGCCCAGCCGGACCUACGCCCAGAUGAAGCCUGGAGGCAAAAUCCGCUUUGACUGCGAAGCCACGGGCGAGCCCAAGCCCAAAAUCCUUUGGAUGCUCCCUACUAACGACAUGAUUGCAGCCUCCAACGAACGCUAUCUGAUGCACAUCAACGGCUCCAUAGACAUCCAGGAUGUUAAGCUGGUGGAUGCUGGGGAGUACGUGUGCAUGGCUCGCAACACCGCUGGGGAUGACAGCAAAGUUUACAAGAUAGAUAUCGAUGGCAACCCUCCGGUGAUCAACGGCAACUCCCAGAACAGGAUCGUAGUGAAAGACACGGCCACCAAAUACUCCAGGAAGUUCAUAGACUGCAAGGCCACUGGAGACCCGCUUCCCAAGAUCACCUGGAUCAUGCCGGAUAACAUCUUCCUGAACGCUCCGUACUUCGGCAGCAGGAUCAACGUACAUCACAAUGGAACUCUCGAGUUCCGGAACGUCCGUCCGACGGACAUGGCGGAGUUCGUCUGCAUGGCGAGGAAUGACGGCGGAGAGGCAGUGAUGGUGGUACAGCUGGAGGUCACUGACAUGCUCCGAAGGCCUAUCUUCAAGAACCCCUUCAACGAGAGAGUAAUGACCCGGAUGGGGAAGACCACAGUCAUGAACUGUUCUGCAGAUGGUCACCCAACACCAGAGAUCAUCUGGCUGCUACCCAACGGAACCCGCUUCACCGGGGGCUCCAACCGGGGCUCACGCCAACACCUAGGCAACGACGGAACCUUCGUCAUCUACAACCCCAGCAAGGAGGACGCUGGGAAGUACCGCUGUGCCGCUAAGAACUCGGUGGGCUACAUUGAGAAGCUGAUAGUUCUGGAGGUGGGCCAGAAGCCAUUAAUCCUCACCAGGCCCAGAGGGAUCAUACGCAGUGUGUCUGGGGACCGUCUGUUCCUUCACUGCCUGGCUGAUGGCAGCCCCAGACCCCGGAUAUACUGGACCAUCCCUGGAGGCCACACCCUGGCCAGACCGCAGGUCCAUGGGCGCCACCAGCUGAUGGAGAAUGGGACCCUGGUUGUCAAGGACACCACCCUCCACGAUCGGGGAAACUAUGUGUGUCGGGCAUCGAACGACGCUGGCGAGGCGGUUCUCACAGUGCCAGUCAUCAUCAUCGCCUACCCUCCCCGCAUCUCCAUGGGAUCCCCUCCCACCGUGACAGCGAUGGCAGCGGCGCCCAUACAGCUCAACUGUGCAGCCAUCGGGAUCCCAAAGCCAGAGAUUACCUGGGAGCUGCCUGACCGCUCUGUGCUCUCCACGGCGGGAAAAGGGCGGCCCACGGGCAGCGAGCUGCUCCACCCUCAGGGCACGCUGAUCAUCCAGAGACCCACCACAGCAGAUUCUGGCACCUACAAGUGCCUGGCCAAAAACCACCUGGGCACGGACUCACGGGUCACGUAUGUACGUGUGCUGUGAGCACCAGCGCUGACUAAAGGGGAAUAUAGAACCCCUGGACUAUAAACUCUUAACAGACACGGUAACUUCACAGUGUUUCUUAUGAAGUACAAUGUCAGGAAAGACUCAUUUCCACAUGUGGACUUGUGAGGAGCGGGAUUUGUGGAAUAAAUUUGAUCACGGUACAGCUCACAUCAAUCAAGCAAGUAGCAGAACAGGAUUAUUAAGAGAAGGAGGAGGGAAUGGAGGAGGGGACGGAGGAGGGGACGGAGGAGGGAGCGAGGAAAAAUAGAAGCUGUACAGAGGAGGGUCUGUUCUUUGCCAGGAAAGUCGUGACUAGCGAGGUGUUAUUCUUAUUAUAACAGAGUCAGAGGUCUGGAAACGCACGGUUGGUUCUCAUUUGAGGUGUUUUUAACAAGGGGCUAGAAGGUGGGUCUUACAGUGAGGCUACUUGUUGAGUGUUUUGACCAGAUACUUUACUAUUACAGCCUGUGCGAGAGAGGAAGAGAGAAACUCACUAUAUUCCCUCUGGACACUUCCUCAAUGUUUAUUUUUUGGAGUGUUGGUAAUGACUCAUUUGCCGCAAUGACAGAAACAUUCUAUUAUCAGAAUGUUUCUAACUAUUUUGCUUUUCAAGACACAUUUCAUAUUUCUUGUGAAUAAAUCUUUAUAAACAGGCAGGAUAUUUUAAUGAAUUCUGCAAAAUAUACAUUUUUAAUAUACAUUUUACACUGGAUUAUCAUACAGUUUUUCAAAACAAAUUUCUCACAUUUCUAACUGUUUAUAUUUUUUAAUUAGCAUUGUUAGUUUGUCAUGUUGUUGUCUAUCUUCCCCCUCUCAUGGUUUGACAGUGCUUGUAUCAAUACAAAUGCAGGAGUUUGAUUGGUGUUAAUAGCGACUUUUAUGGAGGUGAAAGUAUCACCUACACAGUAUUCAGUAGCAUCGUGUGAACUGUCACUAAAAGUAAAUGCAUUAUUGGUUUUAUGUAAUAUUAUUCCUUUUGUAACUAUUAUCUACUUUGUGAAUCAAUGGUACGCAGGAGAUGAAAUUAAACCAAAGAUGGAAUGUG